AUUUUAGGUAUAGCAACACUUCGACUUUCGACAAAAUUGACACCCGAACGGUGAGGUAGGCUCUUUUUCUGUUUUCAGUCCUUAUUUAUCGUGAAAAUUACACCGUUUUCUUGAUAGUUUGUUGCCGACUACGCUAUUUUAAUGCCUAAAUAUUACUAAGGGCAGGGUAUAGCAGAGGGCUAUAUUGGCGUUGUACACAGCGAUGGUAAUGGAGGCGUCUCCGUCACCGCAGAGCGUCGGUCGCGAGUUCGUGCGACAAUACUACACGCUAUUAAAUAAGGCGCCCGCCCAUCUGCACAGAUUUUACAACAAUUACUCGUCGUUCGUCCACGGAGGGUUGGAUGCACCCAACCGUGAGACGCUGCCGGUGGUUGGGCAGAAACAGAUUCACAACCGCAUCCAACAGCUCAACUUCCGAGACUGCCAUGCCAAGAUCAGUCAGGUGGACGCGCAAGCCACUUUGGGAAAUGGAGUGGUGGUGCAAGUAACCGGGGAGCUGUCCAACGGUGGCGCCCCCAUGCGCCGUUUCACCCAGACCUUCGUCCUGGCCGCGCAAUCACCCAAAAAAUACUACGUCCAUAACGAUAUCUUCCGUUAUCAGGAUAUCGUUUUCUCGGACGAAGAGGGUUCCGGCUCAGGUCGAUCUGAGGGGGAGGAAGAGGAGUCCCCGGGCACGGGCACUGGCGGCGCGUACUUCCCGCCGCCGCCGGCCGCCGCCGCCUUCCCGGGCGCCUUCCCCGCGCCCCCCGCGCCCCCGGCCCCGCCGCAUCUCAACGGCCAUCCGCUAGCCUUGCACCAUCACCGCGAUCUCGUGCAGGCGUUGCACGGGACUAGCAUUGCUAGCGAGGCGGAACCGGAGCCACCGUCCUCGCCCCCGGUGGCCAGCAGCGCAGCCGCCGCGCCGGCCGCGACCGCUGCGCCCCCCUACUCGGACGCGCAGCAGCUGUUCCUGGGCAACCUGCCGCACUGCGCCACGGAGGACGAGCUGCGCGCGCUGUUCGCCCGCUUCGGGCCCGUCGCCGAGCUGCGCGUGCACUCCAAGCCCGCCGCGCCCGGCGCGCCCAAGCACCCCAACUACGGGUUCAUCACCUACGAGACCUCGCAGGCCGCGCACGACUGUCUCAACGCUGCGCCGCUGUACUUCCCGGGCGAGGGCGCGGAGGGCGGCGUGAAGCUGAACGUGGAGGAGAAGAAGACGCGCGCCCGCGAGCCGGCGCGCCGGCGGCCCCUGUCGUCGCACCGCGCGGCCUUCGCCCCGCGCCAGCCCUACCGCCGCUAGACGGCCUGGCCGGCUCGCAGCGCCCGGCGCCCCGUAGCUAGUCGGUAGGAUGUUCGCUUCGUUGUGACGGUAGACAAAGGUCGCCCUCGUCGGCCGGAGCGGCGUGCGACGUCCGGUCGGUCGUUCGUCUGUCAUCCUUCGUUUUCACCUAUGUAAGAUAUGCUAAGCUUCUAUGAUGUGUUUCGUUUUAAUUCGAUAUUGAAAUGUGAAUUUAAGUUAAUGAAUGCAGCGUGGAGGUACGUACGACGUAGUGAGUCGAGCGCGCGGCGGACGGGGGCGCGGCCGUACGACUGUACAUAGUGUUAGGAAUAUGAGACGCCGCCGCGUCGCCGACCUCACGAAAUAAUAAAUUCUAGAUUAGCUCCGAAACCCUUUCCAGAUUAUAUAAAUAACGUAUUUUGUAUUAAAAUAAAACGUAUGUUAUUGUAUCGAUUCGCUAAAACGAUAUUGAUGCAGAUGUUCUUAUGCAUUUACUUAGAUAUCUAUGAAAUAAUAAUUAUGUAACGUAUGCCGGGCGCAGUAGCUGCCGCAGCCUUGUGGCCGACUAGUGCUUGCACUGACAGCCCACACUACUGCGUGCCAGUAUCGAUAACGAUUUCAAACUGUAUUAUAUUCUAAUAAUUAUUAGUUAAAAAAACUAAAAAAAUGGCAGUGACUGUAUUUUUUUAUUUAGUUUUUCAUCGAUUUUUUAACUGUACUACUAAUAUGUGUAAGUACAUUGUUUUUGUAUUGAGUUGUGAAGCAUGUAGUGGUACUACGUGCUGUGCAAAAUUUCGUGUACUUAUUUAUUGUAAAUAUAAUAUUCGAGAGUCUCGUUACGCUGUAGUAGGACGGACAUCGAUAUAUGUGUCAGCCGGCGCCACUACGUCUCCAAUACUCAGCCCCGGACAGUGCAGGCGUCACCGGUGUCGGUCCUCGAGUGGGCAGGCCCGCUCUAUCUUACACUACCCACGUUUACUUGUAAACGUUGCUCGUAUCUCUUAAAUUACGCGGCCCGUAAUUAUAUCAGAGGAAACUUUCAUUGUCGUUAUAACAGCGUUUGCAAGUAAAAUAAGCGAUUCUGUAAACAAAAUUUAGAGCCAACACUACUAAACAACCGCUGCGCUACCUCCCGCGUGCUCUGCACUGGGCGACGUCCGGAGGCAGGGCUCCGGCCGGGGACUGGCGCCACUCCUUGGAUCCACUUUGGUCUCGGUGCGACACGGCGUCACCGACAUAAUUACGUAGAUGGUUGUUACAGUUCCCCAGUAGUAGCAGUGUGGGGUCUAAAGUUUGUGAAGUACAGUUGUAAACUAAUGUAUCAUGCGCAGCGACCAGCUGGCGGCGCGGGCACGCGGCGUACUGGCAGCGUGGCCGCGGCGUACUGGCAGCGUGGCCGCGGCGUAUCCGCGGCGUGCCCGCGGCACCAAGCGUUGCCCCUCUCUAAUAGAGAUGUACUUUUUGUAACA